AUGACUAGCAGCAGUAGUAGCACCACCAGUACUACCAAGUACUUUGCAUCUUUCAAAGAUGCUGCCUCCUCUCCGACAUUAUUCUCUCCAAAAAUCGCCAUACACUGGCCUUCGGUUCCCAUGGGUGCUGUUAUCCCACACAGGUUCAGGAGAAAAAUAAGGUCGACACUCAGGAGCGGAUCCUCACCAGCUUCAUCUUUGGCUCGACUCCAGACUUCCAUUGACCCUGCAGACACAUUGAAGGCUCUUCGGUCGCAUCAAUGGUCAUUCUACGAUGCUCAGUAUCUCAUCAUAAUCGUCGUCGGACUCUUCUGCUUCUCUGUCAUCGAAGUUCCCGGUCCUCUCCUGAAAACUUUGAUAGCUACGCUCCUUCUAUCCUCUCUCACAAUCCCUCUCACGAGACAGUUCUUCUUGCCGCUUCUUCCGGUCUUGACCUAUCUUAUCUUGUUCUACUCCUGCAAGUUUAUCCCAGCCGAAUGGAGACCCCAUAUUUGGGUUCGCGUGCUCCCUGCCCUAGAAAACAUCGUAUACGGAGCAAAUUUGAGCAAUAUUCUGUCCAAGCAUCAGAACGCUUUUCUUGAUAUUCUCGCAUGGAUUCCGUACGGAAUUUUGCACUUUACCACCCCAUUCAUUACCGCCGCCGUCAUGUUCAUUUUUGGAGGCCCCGGAAGUUUGCCGGUUUACUCGCGAACAUUCGGAUACAUGAAUGCUUUGGGUGUCGCGACCCAGCUUGUGUUCCCAAAUGCUCCACCAUGUUUGUCCACCACCACCCCUAAAUACACAAAAUCAAUCUCAUCGAUGCUAAUUUGGUCGUUUAGGGUACGAGAACAAGUAUGGUCUUGCUCCUGCUAA